AUGGCCACUCUUGCGGACGAGCUUCUUCAGGACUUCGAGGACUCUGGCUCCGAAGCUGAGGACACUCAGCAAGACAAUGCCCCCCUCGGGCUUUUCGACAAUGCGCCCGAAGCAAAUGGUGGCAAGGCCUUCCACGGCAUGGACCUCGAUGGAGACCAGAGCGAGCCUGAGGACGGAGACCAUGAAAUGGGAGGCGUAUCAAAAGGCGCCGUCGACCCUGUCGAAGAUGCCGAGGAUGCCAAAGCAAAGGUCGAGAAGAUGCAGUUGGGCAGCGUCAACGACGUUCGCAGCGUCGCCAGUCUCAUGCAGACUUUGCAGCCCAUACUGGAGAAAAUCGCACACUACCAGUCUCAACCUACGCCAACGCAGCUUCUCGGCAAUAUCGAAGACCAUCCUGAAUACCACCUCCUUACUCAGUCAAACAGUCUAUCUACGCUAAUCGACAGUGAGAUAGUCUUGGUGCACAAAUACAUCCGAGAUCAUUACUCAAUACGGUUUCCAGAGCUCGAGACUCUUAUUACUAACCCGCUAGAAUACGCAAAGGUUGUCGCGAUACUGGGAAAUGGGCCUCUGGAUUCGGAAAACAUCAAGAAGCUACAGCAUGCAACGGAAAAUCCUCUAAAGGCGUCUUUGCGUUCAGUUCUCGACGGCCCAUCCCUGAUGAUUGUGACGGUAGAAGCCACUACAACAAAGGGACGAGAAAUGUCAGGGGAUGAACUGGAGCGUGUGUACAGAGCAUGCGAAAUGGCCAUCUCCCUCGACAAGGCGAAGAAGACCCUUACGGAAUAUGUCCAGUCGCGGAUGAACCUAUUUGCGCCGAACCUGACCGCUUUGAUCGGCUCGUUGACGGCGGCGCAGCUGUUGAACGCUGCUGGUGGCCUCACGGGUCUAGCCAAGACACCCUCUUGUAAUAUCCCAGCGUGGGGCUCGAAGAAAGGCGCUGGUGCCGCGGGCUUGGCUACGAAUAUCGGUGUUAGACAACAAGGGUUUCUCUAUCAUUCUCCCAUCAUCCAGGGCAUCCCCAACGAUCUCAAGAAGCAGGCCAUGCGCAUCGUAGCCGCCAAACUCGUGCUUGCAGCGCGUGUCGACCGUAUACACUCCAGUCCUGACGGCUCUACUGGCGAAGAUCUCAAGGAGCAGUGUCUUACACGGCUUGAGAAGCUUACAGAGCCGCCUCCGAACAAGGGUCCACGAGCUCUGCCGGUGCCGGACGACAAGCCAUCUCGCAAGCGUGGUGGAAGAAGGGCAAGAAAGGCCAAGGAGGCGACAGCCAUGACAGAGCUGCGCAAGGCACAAAACAGAAUGGUCUUUGGCCAGGAGGAGAAGGAGGUGGGCUACGGCACCGGGGACAGCACCGCAGGCAUGGGCAUGAUCGGCCAGGGUAACGACGGUAGGAUUCGCAACUUGCAAAUCGACCAGCGCACGAGGGCGAAACUCAGCCAGAAGAAUAAGGGCUGGGGCGGCGCUACGCCUAUGAAUGGAGCCGCAUCGUCGCUCAAAGGGUUCGGGCAAUCUGCAAACUCCAACAUUGACCUCCGAGGCAAGGGCUUGAGGACGUCAGGUGUUGGCACGUCGCUGGGUGCGGGAGCGGGCACAGCAUCGUCACUGGCUUUCACACCCGUGCAGGGGUUGGAGCUCGUCGAUCCCAAGGUCCAGGCUGAACUCAGUCGCAAGCGGAAAGCGGAAGAGGACCGGUGGUUCAAGGGUGGCACUUUCACGCAGGUGGCCGGCUCUUCGUCCAAUAGCGGAGGUUUCAAGAAACCCGACCUGCCCCCCAACAAAAAGGUAGAUACCGGCGCAGGCAAGAUGGGACCCCCACCCCCGCGAAGCGGCUGA